AUGGCACGAACAAAGCAAACCGCUCGUAAAUCAACCGGUGGAAAAGCUCCUCGUAAACAACUUGCAACUAAGGCUGCACGAAAAAGCGCUCCAGCUGCUGGUGGUGUUAAGAAACCACAUCGUUAUAGACCCGGUACCGUUGCCCUUCGAGAAAUCAGACGUUACCAAAAAUCGACUGAAUUGUUGAUUCGAAAACUUCCUUUCCAACGCUUGGUUCGUGAAAUUGCACAAGAUUUCAAAACUGACUUGCGCUUCCAAAGUUCAGCCAUUGGAGCCCUUCAAGAAGCUGCUGAAGCUUACUUGGUUGCUUUAUUUGAAGAUACAAAUUUAGCGGCUAUUCACGCAAAACGUGUUACAAUUCAACCAAAAGAUAUUCAACUUGCCAGAAGACUUCGUGGAGAACGAUCUUAA